AUGGGAUACAUAAUAACUCAAAAUGAGGUCGAUGAAAUACAAAGCUUAAAAGCUGGAAGAAAUGUAUGUAAAAAGUAUGGUAUCAGUACCAAAGGGUUAAAAACUGUGCAAGAUUUUAAAGAACGGCUAGAUUUACUUCGAAGGAAUGAAACCAUCGAAAAUUAUCAACGCUCUGCGUCAUCGCAAAGGAUCAAAAGUGCUAUCGAUAAAUUUAAGGAAACAAGAAUUCAAAUCAUCGACUUAUUACAAAGAGCAAGUCAGUUUAUUUUCCUGGAGUUGGAACCAGAGCUUGUGGAAAUAGUUAAAACUUUCGACGAACAAUAUCUAGAUAAUAUGAAUAAGCAUAUUAAGCAGUUACAUUGUAUGGAAUGCCCGAUCUUAGUCGCAGGCGAGGUCAGCGCUGGAAAGAGUAGCCUGAUCAAUUUAAUUUUAGGUCAAUCUGUGUUACCUGUCGGUCACUUACAUACAACUACAUGUAUAUGUGAAUUACGCUAUUCUACAAAUCCCUGCUUAAAAUCCUUUAUUUGGAAUGCAAGUGAAAAAAAGUUAGAGCCUCAUGAAGAAACUCCUAUCAAUGGUACUUCCGAUUUGAUGACUGAGAUUCAAAAGGUUAUGCAUUUGACAUCGAAAAAAAAAGACUCCAAGGACAGCUUAAGAAGCAGUCAAGGUUUUGCUGGGCUAGAUGGAAAUAGUACGAAUGAUGAGGAAUUGGCCUUACUAUCUACCUCAAUUGAUGAUGUGCAUGUCGAAUGUAAUAAUUUUGAAGAUUUGAAACUAUCAAACGGGAAGCUUGAAAUUUGCUGGGAGUUUGAUUUUCUAAAGGUUUAUGAUAUAGAUAACAAACUAGUAUUUAACGGAUUUAACGCAUAUAAUUGUAUCGCAGAUGGUGUCUUCUUAGUUGAUAGCCCAGGAAUUGGUGAAACAGCGUUGGCCACUGAACAAAUUGUAUGUUAUUUACCAAAGGUGUCUUCAAUUAUUUAUGUCAUCAAUGCUGAAAAUGCUGGCGGCAUACAAGAAGAUCGACUUGUUAGACUUUUAAUAGAAGAGCAAAACAUGGAAAGAGAAAAAUUUAAGACAUUUACUCCGGAAUCAGCUAUUUUUAUAUGUAAUAAAUGGGAUAGUAUUCCAAAGACAGACAGAGAUACUGUUGAAAAUUCUAUUAAACAAAAGUUAAGACGAAUUUGGCCUGGCUUUCAUGAUUCUCAAUUAAUAUUAUUGUCGAGUACAAAUGCUGCUAAUCAUUUUAAAGCCGGAUUCGUAUCGGAUGAUUUACGAGUACUUCAUUCUCUUAUCGCUCAUUUAAUAGAAGAAAGCUUGAAGAAGAAAGUUGUGGAUUAUACCAGUUGGCUCCAUACAUUAUUAGGUAUUGUUGCUAAUCGAUACCGCUUGCUGACUAAUUGCUCCUUCUUAGAAGGUGAUAUUCGGAGCUCUUACUUAAGCAAUCUAAGAAAUAACAUCGCAUUAGCUAGGUCUACCAUAGGAGACCAAAAUUUUCAUGAUAAUAUCGAAAAAAUCAUCGAUAAUGGUACUGCAGAAAUUACUGUUUCUUUGCUUCAGUUUCUAAAAAGUAAUAGAUUUGAAGUUGGUAUGACAAAGUGGCAUUUAGAUGAUAUUCCAAUUCGGGAAAAAGUCACUGAUAUCGAAGAGGUCAUUACUAACUUAUUUGAUGAUCGAUUUAUUAGCUUAUUAACGUUUUGGGAAGAAGACAAUGGGUUACUCAGGCGAUUUUAUAAUAAAAUACGAGAAUCAGUAAACUUGCAUUAUAGCCGUAUUCUAAAAGUAUUGGAGGGCUUAGAAAAUGCGCUGCAAAUAGCUGAUGCUGAUCUUAAUGAUCUACGAGACUUACACGUCAAUUCAUCACCUAAAACAAGUAAAUCAUGGCGGAAUUUUUAUGCUGGUGUUGGUAUUGUUACUGGAACUAUUGGCGGUAGCGCUGCCGGCGCUGCUAUCGGGCUUACUAUAGCUGAAGGUGUUGGUGCUGCCGUCAUUGGUGGAGUAAUUGGUGGCGUAACAGGUGGCAUAGGUAUUGUCAUUUCUAUAGUUGUUAUAGCAGUUUUAGCUCGUUAUAUGUGGUCGAAAACUGGAAUUUCUAGACAAAGAAGGAAAAUUUUGAUUGCUAUACAGCAAAGUGUACCCAAUGUAGUUUCAGAAUUAGCCACUGGUGAUCGAGCUAAAGAGAUUGCCAAGGCCUACACUAAUCCAAUUAAAGAAUCUAUUAAGCAUACGCGAAUGCAGGUUAUAAAACAGCUAAAAGCAAACGAAGUUCUCCUUAACGAAGCUAAUCAAAUAGAUUACUCAACAAUGCGGAGUGCUGCCAUGGAUAAGAUUGAGCUUAUUAGUAAGCUCAGGAAUGGAAUUAAUAAUGUCCUGAAAAGUUAUGAUUGUGGUAUAUAA